GAACAAGGAGCAAAGACAUGGCUUUCCUACACGGAACAUUUCUACCGCUCUUCCUUCACAUCUGCCUCCUCAGCUGGAGCGCUUGGGCCAAGGUGAAGGUGACCAUGCAUGAAAAUGUCGAGGUGUACCUGGGUGACUCGGCUCAGAUCCCCUGCCAGUACAGCUUCACUGACGCCAACAGCGAGCCCAGCUUUGUCAUGAUCCAGUGGUUUGUGAGAGCUGCCGGUAACAGCUCACGGAUGCGGAUCUUCUACGGCGAUGACAGUCAGCAGGUGGUAGACAACAACACAGAGUACAGCGGUCGCAUCGAGGUGACUUCAGAUCAGCAUGGAACGCAACUCAACAUCCAGGAAGUCCGGCUGUCUGAUGAGAGGGAAUUCUUCUGCCAGGUUAACGGGCUGGCUGCCGGGAACGCAGAGGGCAAGACCCACCUCAGAGUGUUCGCUCCUCCAGAGGCUCCGGUGAUCGAGGGUGUCCUUACUGGGAUAUCUGUGACCAGGGAGGGGCUGUCAAAGGUUGCAUCAUGUGAGGCUCAGAACGGCUUCCCUAAGCCCAACAUCACCUGGUACAGGAACAGCAUCCCACUGAUGCCUACACCAGGACUUGUAAACGUGUUGACGCUGGUGACCUGGGAUUCCAGGGAGUUCUACUCCGUCCAGAGCACACUGGAGUACAAGGUGGCCAAGGAGGACAAGGACGCACAUUUCUCCUGUGAGGUCAGCUACUUUGUCCCGGGAGCCAUCAGGACAGUCGAGUCCAACAGCAUCAACAUCACUGUUUACUACCCCACCACCAUGGUGGAGCUGUGGAAGGAGUCGCCCCAGGGCUUGGUUAAAGAGGGGGAUACUGUGGAGCUGCGUUGCCAGGGUGAUGGCAACCCCCCGCCGACCUUCAUUUUCAGCAGAGAACAAGAGCAGGAUGUUCACCUGGACAGCAGCGGUGACGUGUUGAUCCUGACACAAGUGUCACGGAAGGACAGCGGCAUCUACCAGUGCCGCCCUCAGGACACUGACAGUUUCACCGAGGUCAAAGGAGAAAUGCAGCUCACUGUGCACUAUUUGGACCCAGUCGUGGUGGUACCUAAAGACUCAGAGGUCAUGCUCAAAGGAGAGGAUUUGACCGCAACCUGCAACGCUCUGUCGUCCCUGAAAACAUCCACUGUUUGGUACAAGGAUGGGAGGCAGGUGGGUACAGGGAACAUGUUGCAUCUGCAGGAUGCCACCUAUGAAACGACAGGAGAGUACAAAUGUGAGGUGACCGUUCCUUCCCUGCCCACCCUGCACACCAGCGGCUCAGUUCACAUCAUCGUCCAAGGUGGUCCCCAGCUGGUGGGGGUGGAUCAGGAGGUGCAGCUGGAGGAGGCAGCAGGCAGGAUGGUGAACCUGAGCUGUGAGGCUCAGGGCUACCCGCUGCCCAGCAUCUCCUGGAACAUCAUCGGCAGCCAGAACUGGCAUGAGGUGGUGAGCAGGGCAAAUGAGCACAUGACUCACAGCGUGGUGUCAGUCAAAGUCACCUCGGACAUCAGCGCUCAGUGCAACGCUUCCAAUGACAUGGGCACUGAAUUCAAGGCUUUCAGCAUCAAAGCCAUUCCCAGGGUCACCACAACUGCUCCCUUCUCUCCUGCUGAAGGCAGUGGAGUGAUCAUAGUGGUGAUCAUACUGUGUCUGCUUCUGCUGGCUAUUCUCGGCAGUGUUCUCUACUUCCUGCAUAAGAAGGGAAAGAUCCCCUGUGGACGCUCAGGGAAGCAGGAGAUCAGUACCAAAGAGAAGACCACCAAAGAUGACAUUGUUGUUGAGAUGAAGACCAACACAAAGAACGAGGAAGCUGUCCUCCUAAAGGCCGUCAACGGAGAGAAAAAGGGCCCUAAUGACCAGUAAAGUCCCGGACCGUUCAGCCGUGACGUUGUGCAGCAGGAGGCAGGACGUGUGAAGCCAGCAGUCAGUGUGUGUUGGAGGCAGUUGACACUUCCACUGAUCUGAGACCUGCGGGGUAACUCCACCCCGUAGUCGGCACAUUCCCUUAUCAUGCUUUGUUCUCAGCAGUAUUCAGUAGAUUUACACAGGAACACACAAACACAUUAAUGCACACAUUACACACACACACCCACACACACAGGUAUGUAUGUACAGAUGUGUAUUUUCUUUUGAAUGAAUGUUCGCCUCCUCAACAUUCAGUUUCUCCAAUUGUUUUGUACCAUUUCCUCAAAAGAUGUUCAACCCUUGGCUGUUCAGUGUGUGUCUGAUGAUGUCUCUUAUCCAUCAUCAGCUUUUGUUCUUGUUUGUUUUUAUGAAAGUGUAUAUAUUAUAUAUAUUUUGUUAUUUAAGAUAUUUUGGCACUCAGAUUUUCAUUUCGUGGUAACGUCUGGGUCGCGCGCAUGUUGAUCCGUGUUCAUGGGUCCAGGUGAGUUUUAGGACGGGACGUGAUGUCAGAGACCAAACAAACGCCAGCUGCUCCUCUGCGGCAGCUCUUUACUGUCGGUUCACAGUCACACUGAGAGAAGGCUUUGUCAGUGUGUUUGCUUCAGUUUGAUUUUUGAUUGACACCAAUAUUUGUAGAAAUUGAUGCUGAAAUUUACCAAAAAAAAAAAAAAAAAGAAAUACUAAGGCAUUUCCUCAAGAUUCAGUGUCUUGUUUUUGUGGGGGAAAAAAAAAAACUCUGCUCUGCACUUAAAUCAUCAGGGGACAAUAAAGCUUGAAAUGCAGGGUAACCAG